AUGAACGCGAUUGAUGGGACAGACCGGCACGUCAGAGAUUCAGACAACUCGCCUCCACCGUCCCUCCUGACCGUCAUCCUCGACACGAAUCCACACGCAUGGGCUCUCCUCUCCGACACCCUCCCACUCUCCAAAGCAGUUGCCAACCUUCUUGUCUUUAUCAAUGCCCACCUCUCCUUCAACCACGCGAACCAGGUAGCGGUCAUAGCAAGCCACAUCCAGCGUGCGCAAUGGCUAUACCCCACCCCUCACCCACCACGCUCCUCCAGCAGCCCUGAGGAAAACGGCACCUCCACACCCACUCCACCAUCCGCGACGAAGUACCAUCGCUUCGCAAUCAUAGAACGUGAGCUCCAGGAUAACCUCUCGCGCGUCAUCUCCCAAACUACCGCCGCCGACCUCACCAGCAGCACGACGACCCAAAUCGCCGGCGCGCUCAGCAUAGCACUAUCCCACAUCUCCCGCGCAACCCAACUCUCCUCUCCCAACGACUCCUCCGGCAUCUCUCUCGACUCCACGGGCCCAACCCUCUCAAACCCAACCGACACCCCCACCGACCCCGCAGACGGAACACCCCGCGCGCGCCGCUCGCCGCUGACGUCGCGGAUCCUAAUCGUCAGCGUCUCCGGCGACCUCGCGGCCCAGUACAUCCCCGUCAUGAACUCCAUCUUUGCGGCCCAGCGGCAGCGGGUUCCGCUCGACGUGCUUAAGCUGGCCGGCGACACGGUCUUCUUGCAACAAGCCGCCGACGCGACGGGCGGAGUCUACAUCGCGCCCUCCAGCCCCUCCGCGCGCGCAGGGCUGCUGCAGUAUCUGAUGAUGGGGUUCUUGCCGGACGCGCGGGCGAGGGCAGCGUUGGUGAUGCCGGGCGGCGGGGAGGUGGAUUUUAGGGCAGCGUGUUUUUGUCACCGCAGGGUUGUGGAUGUCGGGUUUGUGUGCUCGGUGUGCUUGAGCAUUUUCUGUGAGCCCUUGGAAGAAGGGGAGUGUCUUACAUGUGGGACGAGGCUGAGUCUAGGGGCGGCGGUGGCGGCGAAGCCGGUUGUGGUGCCCAGACCGAAGAAGAAGAAAAAGAGGAAAGUCGGAGAUAUUACGGGGACGAGUACGCCGAUGUCUGCUGGGACGCCGGGGCCUUGA